GGAGGAGGAGGUCCAUUCGCAGUGCACUGCACCGUUGGCCCCUGCCCGUCCCGUAUGAUUUUGAGUGGAGCCUGGAUAUGAAUGCAAAAGGAGUCAUCAUGAGAGCUUUCGAACAGUUCAGGCUCAAAACAUGUAUUGACUUCAGACCCCGGUUUAGGAUUGAACAACACAUUUCAAUCAAGAAGGACAUAGGAUGUUGGUCCAAAGUUGGGAAAAAUGACUGGAAGCAGGAACUCUCUAUUGGCUCUGAUUGUGAUACUGUGGCCACCAUAGAGCAUGAGCUCAUGCAUGCUUUGGGCUUUUGGCAUGAGCAGUCCAGAUAUGACCGUGACAAUUACAUCUCAAUCAACUGGGAAAACAUUGAAGCAGGAGAGGAGCGAAAUUUCAAAAUUGGAACAAACGAUACCAACAGCACCAUGGACACCCCAUAUGACUACUUCUCAGUCAUGCACUACCCCAAAGAUGCCUUCAGCAAUGGCAAUGGAUCUACCAUCAUCACAAAACUACCUGAGUUCCAAGAUGUGAUUGGACAGCGACUAGAUAUGAGCCAUUAUGAUGUAGAAGAGCUUAACAAGUUUUAUGGCUGUAAUGAGUCAAUUUCCUUCCUGGACCACUGCAGCUUCGAUGAAGACAGCAUGUGUGGAAUGAGUGUCUGCUCCAAGAGUUCAGCUGGAUGGGAAAGAGUGAGACAAGCUGUGGGAGGUCCCCGCUCUGACCACAGCUAUCUAGGCUCUCCCUCUCAGGGCUUCUUCAUGCACUUCAGCACUAACGGAGUAAAAGUGGGAAACUCAGCCAAAAUGGAGACCAGGAGGAUGACCCCCAGGAGAAGCUGCAAGGUUCAGUGCCUUGAGUUCUUCUACUACCACAGUGGGAGUUGGUCUGACCAGCUCAACAUCUGGAUAAGAGAGUUUGAUGGUGUUGAUGACGUGAAGGGAACUCGCAGACUUAUGGACCAAAUAAAAGGUUCUCAAGCUGGCUACUGGCAGCUCUACCAUGUUUCCCUGAAUGCCACUAAGACUUUCCAGGUGGAGUUUGAGGCCCGCAAAGGACUAGGGAGAUCCGGCGGUGGCUUCUCUGUGGACGACAUCAACCUGUCAGAGACUGAAUGCCCCCAUCAGACAUGGCAGAUCAGGAACUUUGAAGGACAGUUAAAAGCCAGCGCUAACUCAUCUGUUAUGUUCAGCCCCCUGUACUACUCUAGCGAUGGCUACCGUUACCAGAUUGCAGCAGUCCUGACCAGAGAUUAUUUUGUCGUCUUUGCUCGCCUUGUGUCAGGACGUUCUGAUUACAGGCUGCAGUGGCCGUGUCCCUGGAGGCAGAUAACCUUCCUGCUGCUGGACCAGAACCCUCACAUCCGAAAACGCAUGUCUAAACAAAGUAGUGUAACUACCAGUCCAUCGUAUAUAACUGCAGAAUAUUUUGGCAGUCCAAGUGUUUGGGGAUCUCUGAAUGUGAAUGGAUUCUAUGCUAACAAAGUGUGGCCUCAUGGUCUGGUCAUGACUACCACUCAACUCAAAUCCAGAGAUUUCCUCAAAGGAGGUGACGCAUUUCUCCUUAUUUCUAUGGAAGACAUCUCCAGUCUACGUUACAGCAAUAACCUCAAAUGCCCCACUGUGAAAGGGAAGUCCAUUUCUGUGUCUCCUCUGCCACCAACUAAAGACGAUUGGCCGUGUGUAACCAAAAUGCCGAUUACCACAACCUCAACCCAUCCUCCAACCACGACAACAUCAACAACAACAACAACUGCUUCAACCCUCAGGCCCUCUAUUACUAGAGUCACCACCCAAACAACCACCACCAUUACUGAAGGACCCACCACAGUUUAUUCGCAAAAUCCAAAGUUCUCAACUGUCAGGGCUUCCGACAACCCACCACCUCCUGACAGGUGUAAUAACAUCUUUUCUGUCACAUGCUACAAGACAGAGAUCUCCCCAGGGGCUCUCAUGUUAGUUGUACUGUUUGUUUUCAUUUUUGGGAUGCUGUGUAAAUCAUGUUGCUGUUGCAAGACGAAGCGUGAUAUACCAUCGGCAGAAAAUAGGGUUUUUAUGCAGAUGCAGUAAACUUAGAAUUGGCAAUGUCUGCAAAAUGGAACAUCUGGGACUGCAGAUGGAAUAUAGCGUGUAGCUAAAUCUGGUACAGUGUAUCUUUUCUCUUUUAAGUGAUUAAUAUUCUCUGUACAUGGUCCCUGUAAGAAAUAAACUAAACUA